CGUCUUUCCCGCCAUGUCGUUCGUGGAGCGCGGGAGGCGCUCGCCCUCCCUGCGUCGCCGCCGCCUCGGCACCCCGGCGCCGCUCCCGCGGCCGGCGUUCUCCGCCUACUCGCUGGGCGACGGUUGGGGCGAGGGCGAGAUCGAAGCGGACGCGGGGUGCGAGCCGGUGGCGCGCGACCUGCGCGCGGAGUUCUCGGCCGGGGCCGCCUCGGAGCCUCGGAGGCUGUGGCCGCCACCGCCCGCGGGCGACGGGUCGCCGUUUCUGCCCGAGAAGCGCAAUGGCACCUUCGCGCUGGCGGCGGGGGGCCGAGCGCGGGCGCGGCGGUGGCCCGUCCGGCUCCUCUCCAUCCUCUGUGCGCUGCUCUUCGCCGCCCUCCUCGCCUUCCUCCUCGCCGUCACCUAUCUGAUCGUGAAAGAGUUACAUGCUGAGAAUUCGAAGAAUGAAGAUGGUGUACACACUGGGCUGCUAGGUUUCUGGACUCUACUUACAAUCUCACUAACUGCUGGAUUCUGCUGCUGCAGCUUUUCCUGGACAGUGACUUAUUUCGACUCUUUUGAACCAGGAAUGUUUCCUCCUACUCCUCUUUCUCCUGCCAAGUUCAGGAAACUGACUGGACAUUCUUUCCACAUGGGCUAUAGCAUGGCAAUAUUGAAUGGUAUUGUUGCUGCUCUUACUGUAGCAUGGUGUCUCAUGUAAAUCCACACUGAAGCAAAGUCAUGAUCACUUCCUAACAGUAGAGAAGAAUAUCACUGCCUACUCGAAGAUCAGAAAAUCCUGCAGUUCAUUGGCUGGUAUUAUAUAUGUCAUGUCAUCGUUAUUGAGGGUUUUAUAUAAGCAUUGUUCUAAACCGAAGCAUUGGAAAGAUCUGAACGUUAAAUUUCAAGGAAUCUGAAAAGUGUAAAAUGUUUACCUCAUCUUUUUUACUUGUGUUUGUCUAGAUAUGUUGUAAAAAAUAUUUUAAUGAAAAUCAAACUUGAAAACAUGAAUACAGGACAAUGCCGACUUUCCAUUGUGUAUGCUACAUUUUUUGCUAAUAAAUGCCAUUACACUUAAGUGAGAUAGAAAUAUUUCUUAUUUAUUCAUUGUAUUCAAAAAACAAACAAUGCCUGCUACAUUUUAUAGAAACUACUUUUCUGGUCAGAAUGUUUAGUUUUUGAUAUUCAUAUAAUCAACAGAAGGUGCAUUUAUAUAUAUUAAUGGGACAUAGUUCCAUGUUUUUACAUAUUUUCCUACUACAUUGAGUUUUAUAUUCCUACAGUUAAAUCUAGAUAAACAUGAUUGUUUUGCAGACCUAAUACCAUUGUAUUUUGGUGUUUUUUAAAAAACACAUUGUAAUAAAUAAAAAUUAAGUGAACUUAUUUUUAACAAAAAAAAAUGGCUGCAUUGGGCAAAUUAUUUAACCAUUAAAAUUUUGUGAAAUUUGAAACUUCA